AUGGCAUCGCCGCGUGUAUGCAGUACACAUCAUCAAAAUUUUGAGCUCAUCGCGAUCAAGUUGUUCAUAUUAGUUAUGGGAAAAGCCAAAAAAACGAGAAAGUUUGCAUUGGUGAAGCGCACAUUAUCGUCCAAGGACCCUCGGAUGAAGAAAAAUGAAGCGAAAAAGCCGCAACCUGCCUCUGAUCCGGAAUUAACAAAGUCGGUUCCUCAGGUUUCUUCUGCAUUAUUCUUCCAAUAUAACGAGGCAAUUAAGCCGCCAUAUCAAGUAUUAAUCGAUACCAACUUUAUCAACUUUAGUAUUCAGAAAAAGGUCGAUAUUAUAAGAGGUAUGAUGGAUACACUUUAUGCCAAAUGUAUACCCAUUGUCACCGAUUGUGUGAUGGCAGAAUUGGAAAAACUUGGACCCAAAUAUCGAAUAGCACUCAAAUUGGCCAAGGAUCCCAGAAUACAGAGAUUAACGUGCUCACACAAAGGAACGUAUGCUGAUGACUGUUUGGUGAAUCGAGUGAUGCAACACAAGUGUUACAUUGUAGCCACCAACGAUGCCGAUUUAAAGAGAAGAAUAAGAAAGGUUCCUGGUAUACCAAUUAUGAGCGUUGGUGGCCAUUCAUAUGUCAUUGAGAGACUCCCUGAUGUGUUUUAG